AUGUCUUCAGCUCAAGAUCCCUUUUAUAUUGUCAAGGAGCAAAUUCAAGAAUCGAUUGACAAGCUCUUGUCCACGUUUCAUCGAUGGGAGCAAACUCUUGCAGAUAGUGGUGAGAAAGUACAUCUUACAAUGGAACUUCUUGCUGCAUGUGAGAGCAUUGAGUGGCAGAUGGUGGAUGAAUUGGACAAAACAAUUGUUGUUGCAGCGAGAGAUCCUUCUUGGUAUGGCGUUGAUCAUAUCAAGCUUGAUAAAAGAAGAAGAUGGACCAGCAAUGCCCGUGCUCAAGUAGGAAGCAUGAAGAAAGCAGUAGUAGCUGGAAAGGAGUCAAACGGGACAAGUACAUCUAAUCUUAAUGGGAUGCGGCGAGAACUGUUGAGACUGCCAGAUUCUGAUCAGAAUGAGCGAUCUGAUGCAUACUCUGCCCGAGAUAAUGAUGACUUUAUAUCAUCAGAAUCAGAUAGACAAUUGCUUCUUAUGAAGCAACAGGAUGAUGAGCUAGACGAGCUUAGUGCUAGUGUAGUUAGAAUUGGUGAUGUCGGGCUCACCACACAUGAUGAACUUCUUGCACAGGACAAGAUCGUAAAUGAAUUGGGCAUGGAGAUGGACAGUACAUCUAAUCGUCGUGAUUUUGUUGAGAAAAAGGUCGCCAUGGUAAUGAAGAAGGCCAGCGUCAAGGGACAGAUGAUGAUGAUCUAUUUUCUGAUAGUUUUGUACACUGUCCUUUUCGUUCUAGUUUUCUUGACCUAG